UUGACAGUUCUGCUGUCACUUAACCUACAGCCGGGUAUUUCUUUAGGAUUGUUCUCAAAAUGUUACGUCUCCGACCCACACUGUUUCGAAUUGUGCAAAAAAAUUUAGGGAAAAAAGUCGAAUACGUGAAUGGAAGAAAUGUGCAUGCCACCAGUACUAGUGCCGGUCGUGACAGCCAAUCCUCCGUAAAGAGCAACGGUGACAAUUCACGUGUAGACUCCGAUGCCGUUGACCAAAGCCGACGUACUGGUGCCGGCGUUAAGAUUGCACCAGAUGAGGGCAAAUUACGCUCACGUUUACCACUAGUGAAAAAUUUCUUUGUUGGUGUAGUUGAUAAGGAAAUGCUUGGCUACCCGGAAGUCGUGCCGCGUGAAGAUAUGUCUCUGAUUGAGAACGAAAAAUUGGCAAUUAAAAAUUUCUUCACUAAUGAAGUAAACAAUGCCAUAAUCGAUCGCACCCGCCAAAUACCUGGUGAAGUGGUUAAUAGUGUUCGGCAGUUGGGCUUAUACGGCAUUAACGUGCCUGCGGAUUUUGAAGGCAAAGGCUUUGGUUGGACAGCUAGUUUGCUGGCAACAGAACCUGAAACCGGGUGCGCUAAUGUGGCGCUUGGUCUGCUUUCGCAUCGGAUAAUAAUCGAUUUGCUGAAGGAGAUUGGUAGCAGCGAACAGCAGCAGCGGUUUUUACCAAAAUUAGUAAAUGGUUCACUUGUUGGCGUUGAAGCAAUAUACGAAUAUGAUGUGGCGGAGAACGAUUUAUUCAACACAACAGCUGAAUACCAUAAUGAAAUGAACGAGUGGUGUUUGGCUGGUCGAAAGGCGUAUGCCGUAACCGGACCUUUUGCAAGUACCGAUGCAACACCACUAUUCCUAGUCAUUGCACAAACGCGUCGCCCAAACGUGAAAGGUGAUGCAGCGCGUAGUACAACCAUUUUCUUGGUAGAUGGCAACACACCGGGUGUUAAAUUAGGUGAGCAACAUUUGACGAUCGGUUGCAGAGGUUUACAAAUGCAGCAUGUGGAGUUCGAUCAAGUGCGUCUAGCGCCUAGUAGCGUAGUAGGUGCGGUGAAUGAGGGAAAUCAAGUAGGAGAAAUAUUGUUGCGCAGUAGCCGAUUGCGGAAUGCGCACUUGGGACUCGGUAUGGCCAAGCAAUUGGUCAACGAUCUAACAACGUAUUGCAUUGAAAACAAGCAGUGCAAUGUGUCGCUAACCGAUAUGGAAAUGUUGCGUAUGCAUUUGUCGGAAGCAUCAUGUGCCACAUAUGCCAUGGAAAGCAUGAUUUACAUGACAGCUGGCAUCCUGGAUGAAUUUGCAUCGCCUGACGUGACGCUGGAGGCCGCAAUUACCAAAUACUUUAGCCUUACACAACUAUUUAAAAUUGCCGCCAAAAGCAUGGAUAUUAUUGGUCCAAAGUCCUUGCUUUCCGGUCGAGAAACGGAAGUACUAUUCCGUGAUGCCGCGCAGCUUUACACGCAGGGUGAAACAAUGGACACUUUACGCUUAUAUAUCGCACUCACCGGCUUACAACAUGCAGGCAAACUCCUCUCCGAAACAGUGCGCAUGCAACGCAAUCCACUUUUCCAUCCUGGCCACAUAUUCAGUAAAUUUUUACAAAGCUCCAGCAUCGAUAACCCAAAAACUAAAAUGCGUUUAAACGAAAAUGUGCACCCAACGUUGGAGCCGGCUGCGCAAUGUGUGGAACAUUCAGUGGCGCGUCUGCAGAUGUGCACCGAGUUGCUGUUAACCCGCUAUGGCGCCACCGUUGUGGAGAAGCAUCACGAUAUGCAACGUGUGGCGGAUAUCACGGCGACAAUAUAUGCAAUGUUUGCAAGUAUAGCGCGCGCCUCACGCUCUUACUGCAUUGGCUUGCAAUUGGCCGACUAUGAAUUGGUGCUCGCCUCCGCUGUGUGCACACAUGGUCGUGAUAAGGUGCACACUCUGUGCACUGAAAUAUUCAAUGGACAAUAUGCUAAUAAUGAUAGCAAUUUGCAACGUGUAGCAAAGCAAGUGAUUAAGAGUAAAGGCUAUUUCCCAGUGCAUCCACUUACUUAUAAUUACUAGAAAGAGUUACCAUAAAAAUACGUACUGGUUGAUAAGCAUGUGAAUAGUUCAAUAUAGUAGUGAUUUUUUCUUUUUUUGUUAAUUAUUUAAAACAAGGUAUAAAUAAAAAUGAAAUGAUCCGAUAA